AUGACAGAGAAGAAUGAAGACCCUGAGACUUUGCACGACCGACAAUCUUCCAUUGAACCCCCGCCCAACGGAGGAGUGAAGGCAUGGACACAAGCCAUGAUGGGCCAUCUAGUGGCAUUCAACACCUGGGGGUACAUUGCGAGCUUCGGUGUUUUCCAGGCUUACUACCAAUCUACGCUUGGCGUUUCACCAUCAGCUAUUUCAUGGGUUGGGUCCGUACAAGUUUUCCUCAUUUUCUUUGUUGGGACAUUCUCCGGUCGGGCGUUGGACGCGGGCUUCUUUCGCCCAGUCUUUUAUGCAGGGGUCCUUCUGCAGCUCCUCGGCGUAUUCAUGACUUCCCUCUCGACGCGCUAUUGGCAGCUCUUCCUUGCUCAGGGGGUCUGCACAGGCCUUGGCAGUGGCCUACAAUUUUGUCCCGUGAUGGGAUUGGUCGCUACCUACUUCUCUGGGCGGAGGGUGUUUGCCCUGGCGUUCUGUCUGGUGGGGAGUGGGACUGGAGGCAUGCUUCUUCCCGGCUUGGUGAAGGCCCUUAUGCCGACGAUUGGAUUCGGUUGGACGGUUAGGGUGUUGGGGUUUGUCAUGCUCGCUACGAGCAUCCCUGCUAUAUUCCUGCUGCAGACUCGACUACCCCCACGCAGGGCUGGCCCGCUUGUUGAUUGGGUGGCGUUCAAGGAACCGACCUACGUGCUUUUCUGUCUGGGCAUGUUUCUGAAUUUCUGGGGGUUAUACUUCGCCUUCUAUUACAUUGGUGCUUUUGGUCGCAGUGUUCUCGGUCUGACAUAUUCGGAAUCGACCAAUUUGAUCAUUGUAACCAAUGGAGCAGGAAUUUUCGGUCGCCUUAUCCCUGCCUAUUUGGCUGAUCUCAAGUUUGGACCCCUCAACACCAUCAUUCCCCUCACACUCGGCGCUAGUUUGAUGAUGUUUUGUUGGGCUGCCGUCCAUUCGACUGCAGGCUUGUACGUCUUUGCCGUACUGUAUGGCAUAUUUUCCAAUGGCGUGCAAGGCCUCUGGCCAUCAACACUCUCUAGUCUUACACCCGACCUAAGCAAAACUGGAGUCCGCAUCGGCAUGGGCUUUACGGUUGUUAGUUUUGCCUGUCUGACUGGUCCACCUCUUGGUGGAGCUCUCAUUGCUAGGGCUGACGGCUAUAUUGGAGCGCAGAUCUGGGGCGGGUUGACCUUCUUUCUCGGCGCCAUGGUUCUGGUGGCUGCUCGUCUAAUGAAGACUGGUUCAACAAUGAGGGCUAAGGUCUGA